GUCACUGCCCCCAGACGUCGCACGGUACCUAGCAAGUGGACGCAAGUCGCCGGCAACCGCACAAGACGCCCAUCGCACCGCAAGGCCCGAACCCCCGCAAGACCGUGCCUUCCUUCGGCUCUCCUACCCCUUCUCUCGUGUGUUUAAUUCCGAGAACGGUACGAGGCCAUCGUCUCUGAUUACUUUAAGUGGCCUUGAGUUGAUUUUUGAGGUCAUGGACUGUCCAGAUCGCUAUCGCGUUAUAUGCCCACAGCUUCAGCUAAUCGGCGAUGCCCAACUCUGGUGGAAUGCCUACUGGAGCAUGCGUCCCGGCGAGAAAGAGGGCUGUACUUGGGAGAGGCUCAAGGAGCUAAUCCGCGAGAAGUACUAUCCCACAUACUACCGAGCAGAGAUGGAGCGUCAGUUCCUGUCGCUCAAGCAGGGUACUCAUUCUGUUGAUGAGUAUGAGAGGGAGUUUACUAGACUUGCAGCUUUUGUCCCGGACUUGGUUCGUACGGAGGCACAGAGGGCACAACGCUUCAUUGACGGGCUUUACCCAGCAGUCCGUCACAACAUUGUAGGUCACGGGACCCAGACCUAUGCUCGUGCUGUUUCGAUUGCCCAGGAGGUGGACGCCAGCAUCCGGAGGGAGGCAAGCCGCGAUCGUUCUCAACCAUCUACCCUUGUCCAGUCAUCCACAGCUCCAUCAGCCCCACCAGCUCCCCAACCGACGAAGGAGAAGAAGAGGAAGGUGAAGGGCGCCCAGACAGAUAGGAGGACCCUCCAGAGGCAGCAGCAGGUUCCACCGUGCCCCACUUGCAGACGACUUCACCGCGGCGAGUGUCGCUUUGGCCAGGAUAUAUGCUACUAUUGUCACGAGCCCGGACACUUUGCUAACCGCUGUCCGAAGAAGGCACAGCAGCCUCAGCAGCCACAACAGCAGCAGCAGUCCCGUCAGCAGGCUCAGAGGCUGCCCCAGCAGCAGCAGACGAGGGGCAGACAGCAGGCCCGAGUCUAUGCAGUCGAUCAGGUAGAGGCAGAGCAGCGGCCAGGUACCAUGUCAGGGAUGCUUAUGCUUAAUGAUGUUCCUGUUUUCGCUUUAUUCGAUACUGGAGCGACGCACUCUUUUAUUUCACGACGAUGUCUUGAUGCCAUCGGAGUUCAUGCUAUUACCGCUGUCGAUCCUCUCGAGGUAAGUUUAGCCUCGGGACGAAAGAUAGUGACCACAGCUAAAGCUUCAGAUCUCAGCCUUUCCAUCGGUGGCCGAAUAUUGUCUACCGACGCGUAUAUUCUCGAGAUGAGGGACUUUGACCUCAUUCUCGGUAUUGAUUGGCUAUCCUAUUAUCAUGCAGACAUUAAUGCCAUGACCGGGAGAUUACUCUUUAUCUUUCGAAAGACGACCUUAUUACCAUCUUUGGCACCAAGAAUCGUUCUUUACCUCAUGUUGUUUCGAUGGCGAAAGCCACCAAGAUGCUGCGACGAGGCAACUGUCAGG